AUGGAUAAUCCAAAACCCGAAGAGCCAGGUGAAAUACAUAUCCCUAGCAUGAACGAUGCUGACAGCAUUCCUAUUGGUGGAACUGAUCCACCAAAAGAGACUACUCCCGAAAGUCCCGGUUCGAGAUCGAACUAUGGUGAAUUCUUUUGGGAUACAAAUGGUGAGAAUGAUUAUCACAUGUCAUUGCUAGACGAUGACUUCUUCAUGGAUUCUCGUGGAGCGACUGCUGCACGUUUAGAUCGAACUCAAAGCGAUCUAAAUAAAUUUAAGCAGCGCAUCGACAACAAUGUUGAACAACAACGAGAAUAUUCGGAAAUGAUGGCUAAUCUCCAAACUAAGGUUCACGAUUAUCGUAGACAUCUGGCUCAAAUGGAGAAAAAGCUUGCUGGUGAAAGCAUUCGUUUACCAGAUAAGCCUUUGGUAACCAAUAUAAACAGCGAUGUUAUUGACUCAAACACUACAUAUAUUCGUGAUGUAGAGAUUUGGAGUCCCUCUCGUACCCUACAUACUGUCUCGGCUGGAUUAGGUGGCGAUAGCAAUGCCAAUUAUGAGAUUAGAGCUCGCUUAGAUGAUGAAAUUAAGAGAGGUGAAGAAUUCCGUAUGCAAUGGGAACAUGAGAGAUCCGUUCGUGAUCAACUGGAGUUGGAAAAUGAAAGACUUCGUUCCGAGUUUGAUCGCUUUGAACAAGAGUUCCGUGAUAAGGAACAAAGCUAUAUCCAUAAGAACAAGAACUUGACUCAGUAUCUGAGUGAUGAACAGCAGAAAAUGAUGGAUCUGUGGACUGACUUACAAAAAGUUCGCAAACAGUUUGCUUCCCUCAAGCAACAGACUGAAAGUGAUUUGGAAGAUCAGAAAGUGGAAAUAAGACAUAUGAUCCAGAACAUUUCCAAUGCUGCAGGCUUUGACAAUGCUAAACGUAUUGCCUAUGGUGAGAAUAUCAAUUCAUCAACCAAUAUUGAUAUCAACGUUAUGGAAAUGUUGAGAGGUUUAAGUCGUGGAAACAACUCCCAGGACAAAGAGUUUCUCUUGGAGCAUUUGAAGAAAAUAACAAACGUGUCUGAUAGUGAAGAGAUCACUGCCGAAAUGUACAAUGGCUUGGUUUCUCGAUAUGAGAACACUAUCAACAACAACUUAGAGUUACAAAAGAAACUUGAAGAGUUAGAAUCCAAAAAUAAUGAGCAAGCUUCUUCCUUGAGAAAGAAGGAAGAACAGCUUUCUGAAGCUCAUCGCGGAUUACAUAGAGUCUUAAAACUCGCACGUCGAUCUGAUGACAGAGGAUUGCGAACUCGCUCAGUUUCGCCUGUACCCGACACUGUUCCAGCCACUGAAUCCAUAAACGCUGUUCGUCAAGCUUUACGUACUCGAGAUCAUGAAAUCCGUAGAGCUGCUGAGAAAUCUGCUCAACAACAGACACAGCUUUCUGAGCUUGAGAAUAAGCUUAAAGCAUCUGAGGAGGCAAGAAAGCGAAUGGACAAGCAGAUUGAAGAUGCUCGCCGUGAGCUCACCAAUAAUCACAAGUCCAUCCAAGAAAUGGAUAGAGCAAGAUCUCGUCUAGAAGAUCGCAUCAAUGCAGCUCAGCGAGAUGUUGAAGCAGCAGAAAAAGCUCGUUUACUUGCUCAGUCGGAAGUGCAAAAACUCAGAAAUUUGAUGCAAGAGACUGACUCAAACAACAAAACUGAGUUGGCAAAUCAGCUCGAAAUGUUGUCUUCCAAGAUGGAUGAGGACUUCAAAGAAAACUUGGCUAACAUACUUCGUCAAAAUGAAGUGCUCUCUUCUGAGAAUAGCAAACUGAGGAUUGAAAAGCGAGCAUUAGAGGAGAAACAGGCAGAAUAUUCAGAGUCGAACACGGACCUUCGUAAUGAGCUUCAAACACAGAAUAUGAAACUGGAGAACCUCAAAAGUUCACUCGACAAGUUAGAGAGUGAUUUGAGAAACUGCCAACAAGAAUUGGAGCAAAAAAGUAGUGCCCUGAGAAACUUGCAGAGCGAAAGAGAGAAUAACAUGAAGACAAUCCAAAAACAGGACUUCAAACUACAAGAAAUAACACAACAGCGUGAUCAACUACUCAAAGACAAAACAGGAAUAAAGGAGAAGAUCACGAUUUUGGAGAAUAAAUAUUCGACAACUCUGAAAAAUAAGGAAGAUCAUGAGCGCACUCUGGAUAACUUGAGAAGCGAGUUGAAUGAUGCACUUGAGAGAUUGAAAGAGCGCGAUGCACAGUUCCUUCAUUUGAAUGAAGUCAAUGAUAACUUAGACACUGCUAAACGUACCUAUGAAGGCAAAAUAGCUCAACUUGAAAUAGAUGUUAGCAGUCGUAACAGUGAAAUUGAUAAACUUGUAGAGCUUAACCAUAAGCUCCAGGAUGAGAGAAAAGAUAUUCUCAAUCAGAAGCUAGAAUCAGACAACAAGAUAGAGAAUAUGAAAGAAGCUACACGUAAGCUGGAACAAGAACUUCACAAAACAACGAUCGAAAUCAAGAAGUACGAAUCGCAGAGUGAUCAGAACAGUUCAAUCGUAGCUGAGUUGGAGAACGAAAUAAGCAAACUACAGCGUGAAAUAGCUGAGUUGCGAGAUGAAAACAAGGAAUUGACAGAUCAAAUCAAUGAUCUUCAAGAAAGAAUUAGACAAAAAAGAGGAGCUACAGGUCGCAAAGACAAGGGAGGAAGGUCUGAUACGACCACCUCAACUACUACCACCACAAUAAUUCAUGGAGAUAGAACAAAAGAUUCUGGAGAUGAAAUAUAUAUUCCUUCACAUACUCCUGAGCACAUGAAACACGAAGAUGACGGUAAAUAUGAUGAUGGAAGCGAUGUACGUUUCUCAGAAGAUCAUCUCAUCAUGGAUGUGAAGUUGAGAGAGUUGAAUGAUCAUUGGAGACAACAAGUAGAAGACAUAGAGAAGAAGAAUGAAGAUCUGAUGAAGAAACGUAAUGAAUCAGAUCAAGAAGUUCAAACUCUAUUAAAUGAGAUUAAUUCAUUGAAAAACGAAAUAAAAGACAAAGAAGUAUCUCAUGAGCAACAAAUAGCAGAAAUGCAAAGAGAACUCAAACGUCUUAGUGAACGUCACAUUUUCGAGAAUAAUAUUGAAAAAGAAGAAGCUCAGGAGAGUAUUAAUCAAAGAGAUCGUACGAUUUCUGAGUUGAGACAGAAAAUUGAGAAGCUGCAAGAAGCUCUUAAUGAUGCUGAAAACAAGGUUCAAGCUUUCGAAAGCGAUAGGAUUGAAAAUGAGCUGAGAAUCAACGAGUUUGUUGAUAAGAUAAAUAACUUGAAGAGUGAAUUAGAAGAAUCACGAUCUUCAUCCGAAAAAGAAAUACAAAAAUGGAAGAAAGAAGCUUAUCAAUCCAGUACGGAUAACAAAGUUUUGGAAGGCUCUAAUAUGGCAUUGAAAGCGGAGUUAGACUCAACAAUAAGUAAACUAAACUUGUUAGACAAAAAUAACAAGGAAGAUAAUGUAAAACUGAGAGACAAUAUAGGAACUAUUCGUCAGUUAACAGAACAGCUAAGCGGAAUCAAGGAUGAAAACCAAAAAAAAGAUGAUAGUAUCAGCUCAUUGACUGCUAAAGCACAAGAUCUCAAACAUCAACUUGAUAUCUUGACUGAACAGUCCAGCAAAUGGAAAUAUGAUGCCGAAUACAAUCAACGUACUGUUGAUAACUUGGAAAAGAUCAAGACUGAUCUAGAGAAUGACUUGGAAAACAGCAAAAACAAAGAAAAAUCUCUAAGUGAGAAGGUCAGAGAGUUGAAGCUAGUCAAGGAACAAGACAGAACAGAUAAAGAAAACCUCAAACGAGGUUUCCGUGAAAAAAAUCAACGUUUGGAAGAGAUUAUCAAGGCUAACAAUAAACUAAAGUCAGAACUUGAGGAUACUCAAACCAAACUCCGCGAACUCAACAACAAGAUGAUUUCUGCUGAUUCGGAUCGACAAAGUCUUGAGAGAAACUUGGAGAAAGCAGUCAAAGAAUUAGAGUUCUGCAGCAGUCAGUUGAAACGUAAAACAGAUGAGUAUCAAACAGCAUUGGGAGAUUUGGCUCACAAUCAAAGAGUGUCUGAAGACGGUCGUCUCAAUGCCAUUCAAGAGCUUGAGAGUAAGAAGUAUGAAAACGAUGACUUGAAACAACGACUCAGCAAUAUGGAACAGAGAAUGUUGAACCUACAACAAGAAUUUGUUAAAGUAGAUUCUGAACGAGAUGCUUUGACAGAAGAAUUCGCAAGAUUCCAUUCGUCUAUCAGAAAUAUGUUCAAUAGCCGUGUCAGAUUUGAUACUAAGAUUGUCAAUCGCGGUUUGGCUUCACCAAAACAUCGAACAGACGGAACGGCUCAGAUGGAUUCAACUAUUGGACAACGUGACACAACGAAUCAGAUCGAUAUUCCAUUCAACAAUCCUGCUACCGGAGAUUUCUCCGUUAAAACACAGUUUGAAGUCACAAGCAUAGUUUCUUCCAUCAAUGACAUUCUAGACAAAGUUAGAGAGUUGGAAAGGGAAAGAAGUAAUUUGACUGAUGAGUUACAACAUUUACGUAAAAAAUUGGAUUCGAAUAGAAGUUCAACGACAAAAACUGACAAGACAUACCGCACAAUUGAGCUUAAUCUCAACGAUGUUGAGGAUGAAAAACGAGGUCUCCAGUCUUCAGUUGACUCUCUCAAAGAGAUAAUUCGCAACCAAGAAGAAGCCUUCAAAGAUCGUGACGAAAAAAGACGAAAGAUGAAAGUAGCGAUGGCAGCUAUGGAACUUGAAGCUAAGGAAAAAGAUGCUCAAAUCAGACAUCUCAAGGACUCAGUCAAAACGUUGAAAACAAAAUUGGAUGACAGCAUAGUAGAGUCCCAAAACUUGAAAGGAAAACAAAUCGAAUAUGAUGCCAACCAAUUUGACAACGAAACUCGUUUGCGGGAGCUUGAAAGAGAUGCUCUCAAAUAUGAAGCGACGAUUGCGGCAAACGAAAACGAAAAACAGAUAACUCAAAAUUUGAUGACUGAAUUGAAAAUAGAGCUUGGUAACAGUGAACACAAGCUGGAGAAGAUUCAAGAAGAAGUAAACUAUCAAAAAGCAGAAAUUCAACGGUUAGAGAAGAAUGAGAUGGAAUUGAAGUCCUUGAACGAGAGAACAAGCAAAUCAGCUCAUGAGCAUCAAUUGCUUAAGGACCAAUUCACAUCACUUCAAAAUGAUUAUAACAACAUAAUUGUUGUUAAACAAGGAUUGGAAACCCAACUAAAUGAGUCAAAGGCAGAGCUAAGAUCAAUGAAGCAACGUGCAUCUGAUUAUCAAGCACGGAUAUCCGAGCUUCAAAGACAAGUUCAUGAUCUUAAUAUUGAUAAGCAUCGAUUGGAAGAGAGAUUUGUGCUAAUUGAUAAGACAAAUGGUCAGUUCCUCCAAAAAGAAAAUAGUUUGAAACAACUUCUUGAAACCGUCCGCAAUGAAAAGAAGCUUUUGGAGAAGGAAAUUGAUGAAAUGAAGAGACGUUUCUCACAAUUGGAGAUGGAAAAACGUUUGAAUACUACUAAUAUGGAAAAUGCUACAAAGGAGAAGCAGCUGCUACUCAAAAAAAUUCACAUGCUCGAGUUGGAAAAGCGUAAUACUGAUGCUGCAAUCAAAGAAACGGCUUUGCAACGUGAAGCAAUCGAGAAGUCUUUGAAUGCAAUGGAGAGGGAAAACAAAGAAUUAUAUAGAAACUGUGCCCAAUUACAGCAACAAAUCGCUCAGCUUGAAAUGGAAAAUGGAAACAGGAUUUUAGCACUGACGAAUAAGCAAAGACAGGAGCAAGAAAUGUUGUUGAUGCGUAUUCAGGAAGAGAAGCAUCAGAUUGAAAAAGUCAUUGAUAACAAAGAGAGAACUUAUAAGAACCGCAUAAAACAACUUGAACAACAGAUUUUGAUUCUCAGAGAACAAAUCGAUACAGAAAGAAGACGCAAGAGAGAUUUUGGUGACAAAAUGCUUAUGGGAGGACUCGGACCUGUUAGCACAUCUCGCACUGUUCUUCGAAGCAGUUACAGAGAUACAACACCAUCCUUUGGAAGGAACUUCUCUUCUCUUCUCCCAUCAACUUAUGUCUCAAACCCAUUGUCACCAACAUCAGGAUUACCGACUACUACUCAAACUCAUGAGCGAGUGACUACUUCGACUCAUGAUGAUGGAGAAAUAGAUAUUCCCUUCAACAACUCAGAGUCAUGA